AUGGCAGGUCUUGCACCAGGGCCAUUUUGUGGUAUGGUGUUGGCUGAUUUUGGAGCAAGAGUUAUUAGGAUUGAUAGACCAAAUGCUAUAAUCAUUGAUGAUACCCUGUCUAGGGGUAAACAGUCAGUCACCGUCAACUUGAAGAAACAGGAGGGACUGAAUGUCAUCAAGAAACUGUGCAAAUCAGCAGAUGUUUUGAUAGAGCCAUAUCGGCCAGGGGUUAUGGAAAAACUUGGCCUCAGUCCUGAGACUCUGAUUUCAGAUAAUCCUCGCCUAAUUUAUGCUCGUUUAACUGGCUAUGGACAGUGUGGAUCUAUGAUGCACAAGGCAGGCCAUGAUAUUAACUAUAUAGCUAUGUCAGGAGUUUUAUCCAAGCUUGGGAGACGGAGUGAAAGACCGUACCCACCCAUUAAUUUACUUGCAGACUUUGCUGGGGGCGGUCUUGUCUGUGCCCUUGGCAUUAUAAUGGCCUUGUAUGAGAGAUCAUUGUCAGGGAAAGGUCAAGUUAUAGAUGCAAGCAUGGUGGAAGGUUCAGCCUAUGUUGCGAGCUUUUUGGACACCAAUCGAAACACGCUGUUUGCUGACGCACGUGGCACAAACAUGCUUGAUGGAGGUGCUGCCUUUUAUGAUACUUAUGUGACCAAAGAUGGUCAGUAUAUGGCAGUUGGAUCCCUGGAGCCAAAAUUCUUUGCAGAUUUAAUAAAAGGGCUUGGCCUGCAGGAGUCAAAUAUUUCUCAAGCAGACGACCAAGACAAACAGAGAGAGCUGUUUACAGAAAUCUUCCUUACUAAAACCAGAGAUGAGUGGGUAGCAGCAUUUGAGGGUUUGGAUGCUUGUGUUACACCUGUCCUGUCAACAGAGGAAGCUGCUGAACAUCCACAUAAUAAAAGCAGAAGAUCCUUUCUCCGAGGGGAUACUGCUGUCCUGCAAAGUUGUCCAGCUCCAAGACUCAGUAGAACACCUGGGAUACAGCAGCAGUUGCCUCUUCCUAAAACUGGAGAACAUACAGUAGAAGUGCUGAAAGAUUCUGGUUUCUCCAGCAAUGAAAUUAAUGACUUGAUCAAAUGUGGGGCUUUAUUCCAGACUCCGAGGCUAUGA